CAGCGCGCGCGCGCGUUCUUAUAAUGACAUUUCCCGCCUAGAAACGUAAUUCGAAAUUAUUUUUUUUAAUUGUUUUUAUUUUAAAUUUUUAGUGUAUUGUGCUUGUGAUCAACUCUUUAAAGUGGUGUGUGUGAUUGUGUGACUAUUCCGUUUCUAUAGAUAUUUUAUGUGCGUCUUUAGAAAUAUGAAAAUUAAAGCUGCGAAACUUCUUUUAUAUUGGGUUAUAAGCUGAAAUGAAGGAGAGGAUAUUGUAUACCCUUCACGGUAGUCUUGAACGAUUAAAGCGAGUGGAAUUACCAAGGUGCGCAAUGCGGGUGCAACGGUGGUAGACGGCCGGAGGGCGGCCGGACGGGGCUCGCGCGCGCCCCUCCGCCCGCCUGCCCCGCGUAGCGACACGCGCGAUGCUUAUGGCAAGCGCCCUGCCCACUUUGCUCGCGGUGCUGUGUGGGGCAGUGGCGGGCGCAGGCGACGUGAUGGGAAACGCGAGCCGCGUGCGCCGCACACCCCAACCGCACCACGCGCACCGCGUGCUAACGGACGAAGAGUUAGACUCGACGGCAGCGUGGAAGCGGUCGCACUGGCGCGAGAUGCAAUCGAUACUGCGGAAGGAAGGCUCCCAAAGGGACGUUGUCGAGUGCUGUCCCUCUGUACUCGAAAUGGUCGCCAAGAAAGGCGGCCGAACACCGACCGGCCUUUACGUGGAACUAUACGAGGACGGUGAGAACAAGCAGCGGCUCUAUGAGCUCUCCUGCGCCCCGGAGGUCGUCGACAAACCCUGUCGUUUCGUCGACGCUCGCCUCUACAACCAAUCGAGGUGCGUCCAGAAGUAUUCGUAUUCCUACGCGCUGGUUCGGUAUUCCGCAGCCACGGAGAUGCCACAGCGGCAUCGGCCCGAAGGACAUUUCUCUGUGCCCGGGUCGGGUGGGUGGUCUAUGGACUAUGUUAUUGUGCGUGCGGGUUGUGAGUGUCAAAUAACGCCGCCGAAACGUAAGAGUGCACAUCGGAAGCGUCUCGAGAGGCACAGGCAGAGGAAGAGGAACAGGCGGUUAGAGGAGGACGACGAUACUUGACUUGUGAGUGUCGAUACAGUGGACUUUGAACAAAUUGCGGAAUUCCCGACAUAGUUUUUAGGAGGUGAGUCGUAGCAUCUGACAAUUUAUGUUUACAAUUGCGUAUUUUUGAUAUAGUACAUAUGCUGUUUCAAUUACAAUAUAUUGAGUCGUUGCUAAUUAAUCUUAGGCAUUAUCUAAUGUUAAAUUGAUAGUAAUUUUCAAUUGGAAGUUUUUAGUCAGAUGCUGCGACGAUUAGCCUCACAAACGUUACCGAUUCCAUCAAGUAAGGCGUACGCUUGGUAGAUCAACUAUCGGUACUUCAUUGUAUUUAUUAUGAAAUUUUCGUCUAUUUAAAACGCUUCUUGUCUUGUGAAAUUAACGUCGAUCUUAUGAAACAGUGCCUUCACUUUGUGCCUUAUCUAGCAUUCGUAGUUUAUAUGUCAGUUGUAACUCGCUUUACAGUUUCGUCAUUUGUAACACUUCAUUUUGAUAAUACAUACACGUUUAAUUAUUCAUAAGUGAAUUAAGAUGUCCUUUAGUUUUUUGUAAAACAUAAGAUUUGUUUUUGUGGAACCAAUAUUCAGUGAAUACUAUUAGUUACUUAACUUUAACAAAAAAAAUUAUUCGAUGUAUAAUAAAUAAUCUCGAGUUUGGAUUAAUAUUUGAACAUGAAGUCACGAAUAUGUCAGUUGAAAUUAUACAUCAAAAUUAUAUUUAAUAUUAAAAUUAAUAAGUAGCUUGUAACUGGCACAAAGUGUAUUUUUUUCUGAAUCACUGCGCAUACUAUUUUUACAAUUUAUAUACAAGGCAUGCAGAAGAGUCGAUCGAUUAAGAUGAGAUUAUUUUAAAUUCGAGUCAACGUUUAAAAUAAAUCUCUAACUUAUAAAUGUUGAUUAUUAUCGGGUGUUUAGUUAAACACUAAUUGCUCUCUGACAGCAAUGAUUUGACAUUUAAAAAGGAGACAGCAUUGUUUAACUAAUCACCUACAACGUUUAUAAGUAAAGCCAUAAUUUUCAUUUAUUCCAUCAAAGUGUAGCGCAGUGUUUAUUAUUCGUUUCAUUAAUGCUCUCUCAUUACUUAAAAAUUAAGAAUAUUUAUUCGAGAUUUUUUUUAUAAUUUUUUUUUUGUUAUCAUAUUUUAAAACGUAUUUCCUUCGUAGAUUUAAGUGUCGAGUCAAAGAUCUGUAUUAUUUUCUAUUUUGUAAUACUUUUAUUGUAUUUAAAUAUUAGCUUCUAAGGAUUUAUUCGUUUAUUUAUACUGUGUAAUACGAGGUAUUCCGAUAUUUGUAUGGAUAUUGUGUAUGUAGAGUUCGCUUCCAUAAUUAUAUUAAUGUAUAUAAUAACAAUAGUAUUAUGGACUGAGAUUAUUUUGUGCAUUUAAAUGUGGUAAUGGAAUUGUAACGCAUCAUUUAUUUUUUAAAUUCUACAUAGUAGAAAUUAAUUCCGUACAGCGCCAUCUAUCGGCGAGUAGAUAACUUUUAUUUUACAUCAAUAUCCCACAGAUGGCGUAAGAAGCCUCUUUUUAAUUUUUUACGCUAGCAACUUACACGACAGUGCCAUGAGUUAUUUUUUAGGUGAAUUGUAAUUUAACAACAUUAUGAAACAAUUUAAAUGUCGAUGUUAAAGAUUGUUGUAAUGUAUGGAAUAGUUUUACAAUACUGAAUUGGACGUACUUAUAUAUUUAUUUUCAAAUUUUACUCAUACCAAAUUAAACUUACUUAGACUGUUUAGGUGUGAUUUUCAAAAUCUACUUAAAAUUAUUUAUUUCAACGCAUAAUGGAAGAAAAUGAGUAAGAUUUGUAAAAGUGAAUGACUUAA